CUCUCAUAGCAACGCUAAUGAGACAGCUGAGAAUGUUUGACGUUGAACCAGCUGACUUUCUGUGACAAUUUGUGUUUAACAAACUGCCACCUGCUGAAAACGACUUAAAUACCUUCGACAUCUUUUUAAUAAUAUGGCUCAUUUCUUAAAGUGGGUCCAACACUUAAUUAGAAAUACGGUCAGCUGACAUCAUUCCCACUUGGUGAAUACAGUGUAUGGGACAAAAAGUGCACGCUGGAGGAGGAAGAUGCAGUGCACUCCUGAAUCAAAUGUCUACCAUGCAAGCUGCAAAGGACAGCACUGCUAUGAUGACUGCUCUGACAGUGGAUACUCAGGUUUGUUCCACAGCCCACAGAGCAUCUGCAGAGUCGACUCCUGUAGGUCUUUGUCUCCAGUAGAAUUCAGCGAAACACCUAAAGAGAACCUUAGGCUUUCAGGCACUCCUAAGGAGAAGACCAGAGAACCAGUUGGAGUUCUGGGCAAAGACUCAAGAGGAACACAGCGGCAAUCAGCAGUUAGCUGGUGUGAAACUCCUAAAGCAUACAAAAGACAUGCCUCACUGCGACACAGACUUCUAAUGUGCAAAGCCACCACAGAUGUCAAAACUGACAACACAAGGUCACCAUGCAACAGAAAGACUGAGCCUUCCACCAGGUCUGAACACUGGCUCAGUGCAUCGUUUGACUCUCUAGACACUGUGACUGGGGCUUUUGCAUCAAGCACUUUAAAAUCGGAGCAGGAUCUGCCACUAUCUAGUAGGAAACGUCGUCUUCUCUUCACUCAGGUGAGGACCUCCACUCUUGAAGAUGGUAAACUCAACUCUGGUUACUUUGCCAGUUUUGAAAGAAGAGUUUCACUCUCAGAUGCAGAUUUCAGUGAGAGCAUUCGUGCAUCUGAUCAAAGUAAUAUUGAGACUCCAUGCUAUAUCAAAUCCCUGCCUGCCUCGUCUAAGGAAAUCUCUGAAUCACCAGUCAGUGGUGUGACCAAUAAUCUAUAUGACGGCUCAAGUGUCUUGUCUACACCAUCAUCCACACAUACACCCAGAUAUAUCAGGUCUGCGUGUGAAGACAGUGGUUUUAGUUCCCUUGAUAAAUCCCGAGACUCCUCUGUGGACCAUGAUGGCUCAUAUCAGGAGCUGCUCCUUUUGUCCUCCAGAGGAAACUGUGAAACCCCCAAUCUGGCGGAGGCAAAGCGGCGCUCCCGUUUGCAGCGUCAACACAGGCUUUCAACCCUUAAAGAAGGGGGUUCUCAGUCUGAGGAAGACCCAGCAGAGGGAAAGCAUGAAUAUCUUCGUCAGUGCCAUAGUCUUUCUAAAGAAGAUGAGGUUUUUACUGACGAUGCCACCCCUUGCAGUGUCCUUUCUGCUAAAUGUGUUAAUAGCACAACCUCUGAAAGUUUCACCUCUUUAAAACAAGAUGAUGCCACCCCACUAAGAGGAACUACCACCAAGCCACAAAACGUGACACCUUUUAGCACCGCUCCAGCAAAUCCAGAUGUUACUCCUCUCAGAACAACCCCAGUCAAUCUCUCUCUGACUCCUGCUUUGCAGCUGGUUCAUGCUAUGUGCCAGCAGAGAGCACACAUGUUUGAUGGCCAGAGUCCGAGCCUUAAGGACCAGCUGAAGUCCACAGAGGUUCUGGGGUUCAGGACCACCAUGCCAUUGGCAGGGCUGAUUGGCAGGAAGAUGGGCCUGGGGAAAGUGGACAUACUCACAGAGCUGAAGAAGAGGAACCUCAGGCACAUCCUGGCUGUUAUCCUCAGCCACCUGACCCCCGAGAGCAUCUACAGUUGUGGUCAGGUGUGCAAGAGGUGGAACGAAAUCAUCCAACAAGACAAGCGAGCUAGUUUGAAGAGAAGAAACUACCUGAGUGAAGUGGAGGCUGCUCUUGAGCUGGGUGGUGCUGUCCAUGUCCCUGAAGCAGAGACAAGACUGGCUCUGCUUAAGAGGUCGGCCCUCAAGACGGUUCAGGCUCAGUCUCGGACGUCCAGCUACUGCACCCCGCAGUCAGGAAAUAGCACUUUAACCACAUCACAGCACAGCAUCUUAAAUUCAGGCGGCAGUAGCAGCAAACGGGAUAAAUUCCUAGAAGUUGCCAAAACUCUCUUCAACGAUGAGUGCCUCAAGCCUUGCCCUCGAUGUCAGCAUCCCGCAAGGUGUCACUCAGUGAAAGGGGAAGGAGUUUGCAGCAGAGCUGACUGUGGUUUCCAGUUUUGCACAACCUGCUUGUGUGCUUUCCACGGCUCUAGAGAGUGUGGCAGCCAAUCUGUAGGCCGUCGCAAGAAGGACAUAAUUCUUCCAGGAAGCGCUCAAAGCAAGCGAAAUGUUAGAAGACUAUGAGUUCUUGUUUGCUAUGCCAAAGUCACUUAAGUAUUUUUUUUUUCUACCUAAUGGUGAAAUCGAGGCUUAGCAAAAAGGAAAUUGAUCUGUAGCCAGUACAUGAGAGCAACUCCUGUACUUAUCAGUGUGUCUCUGUACCUGUCUUUGUACUGUAUCUUCAUCCUUUUUUUUUUUUUCAACACAGUUCUUACUUUGUGUGUUUUUAAUUAUGAAUGUGAAGGAUGUCCUGUCAGCAGAACAAUGAAUUUUGCUGUUGAUGUUGACUUUUCCAUACACAUUG